AUGCCUGACGAGUUCCUCGCUAGCAACCCCCCCCCGCUCUGGAUCACUCUCUACCACAUCGUCACUCGCCUCCCUGACUCUCUACGCGCAGUCAGGGACCACUUCCUCUCUCGCUCCCCCACCGAGCUCACCGUAGCCCUCCUCGAGAAGGAACUGCUUGCAGCUGAGGCCAGUAUCGUCGCUGUAGGCACCUCUCGUGGCGACCCUCGCGGCCCCUUCUUUGAGGGGUGUUCCCCUUCCCCCCUCCUCCCCUCUGUCGCCUCUGCUGCUGCUGUCGACCUCCUUGGUGCUGAGAAGGUCGGGACUGCGUCUGCUUCGGGCGGGCGCCGCAGGAACAAGGGGGGCAGGGGUGGGGGUGGCGGCGGAGGAGGCGGGGGUGGAGGUGGUGGCGGUGGAGGCGCGACUGGGGAGGCUAGUGGCGGCAGUGGGGGAGGUGACAGCAGCGGUGGGAGUGGUGGCAGGGGCGGAGGCGGCGGCGGAGGCGGAGGUGGUCGUGGCAGCGGCAGGGGUGGAGGUGGCCGGGGCGGAGGCGGAGGAGGUGGUGGUCGUGGAGGCACGGGCGGAGGCCAGAGUCAGCAGCCUGCCCCGACGCUUCAGGCCGCCCGUGAGUGGUAUGCGCAGCGUGGCUUUACCUGCACGUACGUUAUUCGCACAGGCGACCGCACUGGCCAGACGUGUGGGAGGGCGCACCAGACGCAGCGCUGCUUCGCGCGCCUCAACGACGCGUGGCGCACCCAGUUUCCUGACGCCACUGAGCUGCCGCGCUGGGCUGAUCUGGAAAAGAGGGGUGUUGAUAUCUGGGCUCUAGACUUUGAUGCUAUUCUCACUGCCAUGUAUGCAAUGUCUAUUAGUGGAGAGGGUGCUCAGUACUUGCGUGUUCCGCCCGACCCGGGCAUUCAGGCCAGCCCAGCUGCUGCUCUAGGUGCUAGUGUGUCUGCUCCCACAGGUCCUGCUGCAGCAGCUGCCCUAGGUGCUAGUGCGUCUGUGCCCCCUGGUACUGAGUCGACUGCAGCACUGCACACCUUCACACUGGACUCAGGUGCUUCUCGCUCUUUCUUUCGUGACCGCACUGUCCUUGAGCCACUAGCUCGGCCGCGGUUCCGUCCGGCACGCUCUCAGGUCUCUACCUCCCCUCGUUCUCUACGAACUUGGUGGCGGGCUGUGCUCUGCAGGACGGGGGUGUUCACCAGUUCACCCCUGCCUACGAGCGUGUGA